AUGAAGAAACUUGUGAUUUUUAUCUCAACACUUCUGCUAGUAGGCGCAAAAGGACUUUUAUUAAAUCUAAACCAUACACAUGGAACAAGCAUUGAGGACAGGCUGGACUCGAUAGAAAAACAGCUAAAUGACGAGAAAAGACAAAGAUAUAUUAUGCAACUAGAAUACGACCAAGAGAAAGAAAAGAUUGCGCAACUAGAACACCAACACGAAACUUUGAAUGAAACAGACCAGGAACUUCUCCAGCAUUACAACGCAGCUCCGAAACGUUUCCAAGACAUCUCCACCCAAAUCAGGGGCGCCUUGCUGAGCAUCGCCACAUUGGAUACGAAACACAAUCAUGACAAUCAAGACCUUGUGGAUGCAUUGAAGGCCGUACAGACAAGAGUGACCAAUUUAAUUCUUAACCAGUCAGUAAUUGCCAACAUUCAGCGGCACCUCCAGGAAAAAGAAAAAGCCUUGACUAGCAUGAUAGAUACAAUCAAACAUAACCAAAGCUUGGAUCGGGAGGAACUGACUCGUUUAAAGGCCAGUCUGACCAGUCUAGCCAACAGCCAGAGGACGUUACAAUCCACAGUGAAUGCCAAUGUUAAUAAACAGGACAAUCUGCAAUCACAGAUUACAAAUAUUAACGAUGCUGUUCUUUUUCUGGCUACUCCAAGAUAUUCGCCGGGUAAUUGGAACUUUUGGAACAAUAACCCGGUAGCAACUCAAAGUACAAUCAAAUUUGAAGUGGAAAAGAUAAAUAUUGGAGGAGGUUAUGACAGCAACACCGGAGUGUUCACCUGUCCGUCUGACGGAUACUACGUCUUCCACUGGAGCGUCACCUCUACUGAUAUCAACAAGCGCUGUUCCUCGGCAAUCAUGAAGAACGGGAUUGAAGAGAUUGGGAACGAAGUUGGUGGUAACCAGGCCACUUUUCAUAUGAACAGGAAUGACAGAGCGUGGAUCAAGGCCACUUCAAACUGCUCUCUUGUUUAUAACCACUCAUCGUUCUCUGGGUUUAAGUUGAUAUAAAAUGAUUGCAAAUUCAUAGUUUCAUUUGUUUACCCUCUUUACUUUUAUCGAAAUAAAGCAUAACAUUUCCGAAUGCUGUACCUGAUAAUGAUUAUAAUAAAUUCCA